AUGGUUUGCAUUAUUAUUAUUUUUUUUUGUGAAAUAUGAAAGCUUGGCGACAACAAAUAAGAAACGCCCCCAUUAGCGGCUCAGCUCUAGCCUCCUUGCCCCCGCCUCUCUUUCUCCUCCACCCACCCCGCGGCUCCACUUCCCCAGUCGACUCCACUCUCCAGCGGGCUUCAACUCUUCCGCUUUCCACCGCUCCUUUCAUAAAGCAUGCUUUUCAUUCCUGGAGCUUUUUUUGUUUUUGUUUUUUUGAGGGGAACAUGAACGAGAUCAAGAUUGCAGUGCUCGGAAGUGAAGGAGUCGGAAAGUCAGCCCUCAUCGUGCGGUUCUUCACGAAACGCUUUAUUGGAGAAUAUGCAUCAUCUUCAGAAUGCAUAUACAGAAAGCGUCUGACGAUGGACGGGAGGCAAAUGAAUCUGGAGCUCUAUGAGCCGUCCUCCCAGUCCUUUCAGGGUAAAUUAACUCUCAAUGACCAGAUUCACUGGGCUGACGGUUUCAUCGUGGUGUACGAUAUUAGCGACCGCUCAUCCUUUCUUGCUGCAAGAAGCGUAGUGAAGCUCAUCAGGGACCACCGCUCGGGAUCGGCCAAACGGGAUGCCGAGUCGCUUAUAUCUGUGGUGGGCAACAAGCACGACCUGUGCCACAUGCGGGAGGUGCGCCGCGAAGAAGGCCAGCGCCUGGCGGCCGAAUUCCGCUGCCAGUUCCACGAGCACCACCAAGAGGUGGCGCUUAUAUUCUCAAAGGUGGUGCAGAGCGCCGGCAGCAAGGGGAAGGAGCGCAGGAGACGCCCGAGCGGUUCCAAGUCUGUGGCCAAACUCAUCAACAAUGUUUUUGGCAAGAGGAGGAAAUCGGUGUGAGGCGUUGUAACAAGGACGACUGUCAGUCAAGACCUCCUCGUUGUGGUAUCUUUUGAAUCUAUUGUUCACUUCAACUAGAAAUGGCGUGCAUGUAUGAAAAUGUGAUGCAGUGAACCCCCCUAUAUCAUGGGGGAUACGUUCGAGACACACCGCUAGCAGGUGAAAAUCUGUGAUAUAGAGAGACCAUAUAAAAAUAUUUUAUCGUUGUAUCCCUCCCAUAGGCUUUAAACACAUUUAAGCUUAUUAAAACACACUUUUUCAAGUAUUCCGUUGUGCCUUUUGUCACUCUCUCGCUGUCAAAAAAUGGAGGACUAUUGUAUAAAACCACUUUGAGGAAAGGAAGACGUAGUUCUCCAAAUAAGAGAACACCUUGACGCAAAGCGUACUUGCGUCAAGGUGUUUUGCCAUUCCCAGUUGCAAUUUACCGUAAAACUGACACACAAAACAAAAGAGAAUCAAACAUUGUCUAUUUAAACACCAAAAUCGUCAUUCCACGCGGUCUCCAGGUGUGCCGUUGGCUUGAUACGAUCAAACGCCUAGCCUCGAAUAAAUGCCCGUCCAAAAAGAACGGGUAGUAACUGCAAUCAUCUCGGUUCUCGGGACGUUCGAUACGAUACCACGAGAACUUUUGAUACAUCAAAUUUCAGUUAACACAAUGACACGUAAUUGCAAAGAGCAAAAUGUGUCUUUGUUUCUGAUGCACAUAAUGAUUCGCCGAUGGUUCAAUGCGCCGCAGUGUAGCGCCAACUACUGGCGAGGGGGUCUUACACAAUAUUGUUUUUAUUUCUUUAUUUCUUUAUUUAUUGCCUUAAAUAUCGGUGCCUGGUAUCGGGACUCACCCAUUGCUGCUCAGUUCAGUUGGAACAUUAACACAAUGCUGAAAUAUCGAAACAUUUAAAUAAUGAUCAGAUUCAAAUGUAUUGCACACAAAAGUUAAAUCAAAACUGUACCAAAAUAAAUGUUUAAAAACAAACCGUUCUUAAAGAUUAUAUGUUAAGGUAUUGUACUUGAUAGUUAAAUAGAACUGAAUUGUGCUUGGGCAUUGAUUGUCAGAUAAAAAACUGCAUUUUGUUGUAUACUGAAUAAUAUAAUUUGUUUCAGUUAAAUCGGUGUUCAACACAACUCUUAAAAGUGGUAAACAGCAUCUAAUGCCUUUAGUAGUAUAAAAUAUUUGUAACAAUUUAAAAUAUAC